AUGUACAUUAUUAUUAACACCACCUUCGGACCCACAUUAAUUAGGGCAUCCCAACUUCAAACUAUGUAACCGUUUGAAAGGUACUUAAAUCCUUCCCAGUCUCAUUCUCCACCACCAUCUCAACCCACUAUCUCUUCUUUCCUCUCUCUCUCUCUCUCACACACAAAAGCUUAAGCAUCAAGUGGGAAUGAUGGGAAGUAGGCUAGACUGGUUCAUACCUGUAGUGGUAGCAGCCAUGGCUGCCUCUGCCAUGGCAUACACAGUAAUAGUCCCUGACUCAGUUCCCUCCACCCUGGUUGACACCCCUCAAACAGGCCUCUCCAUCUACACUGACAAUGCGCACACCGACCCGAACGAGCAGCAAGCGGUGUAUGACAUCAUGAAGGCGACCGGUAAUGGGUGGGCUACGACCAUCCCCGACAUCUGCAAGGGCCGGUGGCAUGGCAUUGAGUGCGUCCCCGACAACAAUCGCAUCCUCCACGUUGUCUCUCUCUCCUUUGGCGCGUUAUCUGAUGACACCGCUUUCCCGACCUGUGAAGAGGGGGCGUAUAUUUCGCCUUCUCUUACUAAACUCCCUCACAUCCGCCGCCUCUUCUUUUACAAGUGCUGCACCGAUGGCCCUCAGCCGAUCCUGUCGUUUCUUGGUCGACUUGGGAAGUCACUUGAGUCUUUGGUUCUUAGAGAGAAUGGGCAUGUUGGAAUCAUACCUGAAGAAUUGGGCAAUCUAACCCAGCUCAAGGUUCUUGAUCUCCAUGGAAAUGGACUGGUUUCUAGCAUACCGAAUUCUUUGGGUUCUCUGUCUAACUUGAGACUGCUCGACCUGAGUGAAAACAAGCUCGAAGGCCAAAUUCCUCAAAGCAUUAAAGGUCUGAGGAAGCUCAAUGUCUUGAAUCUGAACAAGAACCUAUUCCAUGGUCCAAUUCCUGACCAAAUUGGAUGCUGCACUUCUCUAAUUAAGCUCGACUUGAGCUCGAACCAACUCACGGGUCCAAUACCGGACAAGCUUGAGAGCCUCAAAUCACUGCUCUUAAUGGAUUUGAGCUUUAACGAGCUUUCAGGUCCAAUCCCCUCGACCAUCGGUGAAUUGGGUUCGCUUGAGGCUUUGGUAUUGAAGGGUAACCAAAUGGGUUCGAGCCAAAUACCAGAAAGCUUUGGAAAGUUGCGGAGCUUGAUGGCCAUGGUGAUGUCUAAUGUGGGUCUCAGUGGCCCUAUACCUGAAUCUUUGGGAAAGCUUUCCAAGCUCAGGGUUUUGCACUUGGACAAUAAUAGGCUUAAUGGAACCAUACCCAAAAGCUUGAGUGAGCUUGGUGAUCUGAGCGAGCUCAGAUUGAACCAGAACAAGCUAACGGGUCCGGUUCCUUUCACUAAAGAGAUGCUUUGGAGACUUGGAAGGAACAUUCAUCUAUCAAACAACUCAGGUCUGUGUUAUUCACCGGAAGAAGAGAGAGAAGAAGAUGAUGGUUCUCUCUCUCCCUUGGGUAUCAAGUACUGCAAGCUCAAAACCACAGCUCAUAUCUCGUCGCAUCGACAUCUGCACCUGUCGAACCAGAUAGCCCCCUUUCCUAGUUCAUCAGCUGCCAUGUCUAGGAGAGCUUAUGAUCUCGCACUGUACUUAGUAGCAGCACUACUAGUACUAGUAUGGUUUCUCGCUUUGUAAAUAUGAUUGAGUUGCAUGGUUGUACUAUAUUUGUUCCUUUAAGAAAUGCAAGUAAAGCUCAUGAUUUCAGGUUUCUGUCAAAA